AUUUUCCUUGCUCUUUCUUUCUCUUCUUUGUUUCUUGUACUUCUCUCUCUCUCUCUCUCUCUCUUAUUCUCUUUAAAUUAUUUUCUCUUUUCCUUGCUCUUUCUUUCACUUCUUUUUUCUUGUUCUUUUGUCUCUCUCUCUCUCUCUAUCUCUCAUUCUCUUUAUUUUCUCUUUUCCUUGCUCUUUCUUUCUCUUCUUUGUUUCUUGUACUUCUCUCUCGUUUCUCUUUGUUCUUGUUCCUUUACUCUCCAUUAUCUUUUUGUUCCGUACUCUCCUUUCUUUUUUCUUCUUUCUUAUCGACAGUCUUUCUUCGCUUAUUGUUUUCUAUCUCUUAUCUUUUUACUUUUCUCCUGCGCUCUUUCCAUGUUUCUUCUCUUCUCUCCUUUUUCUUGUUCCUUAUUUCACUUUCGCUAUUUUUCCUUGUUCUCUCUCCAUUCACUCCUUCUCUUUUAAUUUCUUCUCUCUUGUCUUUUCUUUUCUCUCUCUCUCUUUCUCUCUUCCUGUCCCUUACUCUCCAUCCUCUUUCCUUGUUCUUCAUCCCUUUCCUCCUCUUUUACUUCCUCUCUUGUAUUUUUUCUCUUUCUUUCUUUCAUUCUUUCUUGUUCCUUACUCUCCUUCCUCUUUCUUGUUCUUCAUCGCCUUUCUUUCUCAUUUAUUUUCUUCUCACUUGUCUUUUUCUUUUCUCUCUCUCUUUCUCUCUUCCUGUCCCUUACUCUCCCUCCUCUUUCCUUGUUCUUCAUCCCUUUCCUCCUCUUUUACUUCCUCUCUUGUUUUUUCUUUUUUCUUUCUUUCUUUCUUUCUUUCUUUCUUUCUUUCUUGUUACUUACUCUCUUUCCUCUUUCUUGUUCUUCAUCGCCUUUCUUUCUCUUUUAUUUUCUUCUCACUUGUCUUUUUCUUUUCUCAGUCUCUCUUUUUUGUUCCUUGCUCUCUAUUCUCUUUUCUUGUUCUUCAUCGUCAGUCCUUACCUUUUUCUUUCUUCUCUCUUGUCUUUUUUCUUUUCUCUCUCUUUCUCUCUUUCUCUUUUGUUCCUUGCUAUCCUUCCUCUUUUCUUGUCCUUCAACCCUUUCCUUCUCUUUUACUUUCUUCUCUCUUGUCUUUUUUCUUUUCUCCCUUUCUUUCUCUCUUUUUGUUCCUUACUCUCAUUUCUAAUAGUCUUUUUCUCUACUUUUCUUGAUCUUCAGUCUUCUUUUUCUUUUUUCUUGUCUCUUUUUCUAUCCCCUUUUCUUGUCCUCUCUCCCUUUUUCUAA